CGUCAACUCGUCAGAUCUUUCUGAAUAUUUUAUAGUAACGAACAAAUAUGCGCUAUUUAAUAACAUUUGUCGUGCUUGCGUGCGUGGUGGCCGCUUUCAGCAGACCAUCUGAUUUGAACGAUGAUCAAGAAGAUAACGAAUACGACAAUGAAGAAGAAGCUCCUGUCGACGACUCACUGCACGAAGACGAUGGCCCCAGGGUCAAUAAUCAGGAACCAACUUAUGCUGAGCAAGAAGAAGAGGACAUCCAAAAAUCAAUGAACGAAGAAAAGAGGAAUGUGCCGUCGCCAUCUGAGCACCAGUCACGUAACGACAAAUGUGAUAAUUCACCAGAUUACAAGAUGAAUAAUGGUCGAGAAUCCGAAGAUAUGAAGCCACAAGAGUCUUACCAGCCGCAAUCACUACAACAACAUAAUAGAUAUAUUGAAGUUAAAGAUGAAAAUGAACAAACUGCACUGUCAGAAAACAUGCCGAAUAUUGCUAAGGAGGAAAAAUUAGCACGCCGAGCUGUUUCCAAUAGGCGGGGCGCUAAAACUACUGUAAAUGAUAGUGGAGAUGAACUGUUCGAAAACGCAAUAUCUAAAGAACGAAUAUAUAAAAACAAUAAUAAUCAACGCCCUGAUGUUGAUGCAUCCAAUGAACCAGACCACGAGGCGUUUUUCAAAAAUUAUUACAAGUCAUUACAAGCCGCUGAAAGAAACUAUGAAAAUAUUCCACCAAAUGUAUAUCGUGACAGACGUCAAGCUCAAGAUGCUGGUUCAGCCGUCAGCUCUGUUAAUUCAAUUAUCAAAGAUAAUAGCAAAAAUACAAUUUACGAAAACGAAGAGAAUGCCAUUAAAAGACAUAUCAAAAAGUUAUCUGAACAAGAAUUACAAAGUCUACUUAAUUCUCUGCCUGAGGAAAAAAGAACACUUUUGAAUAAAAUAAUAGAUAAUGACAAAAAUCAUUACGAUGGUGUAAGCAAACGUGAUAUAACUAAAAAAGCUGGUGCUGUAGAAGAAAAUAUUGACAAUGAGAAUAGUGUUUUUGAUUCAAAUAAGGUUCAUGGAUCAUCUGAAGAUAUUAAAAAUGAUGUUGGGUGCAAUACUGAAACAACAGAAAACGUAAAAACAACAGAAUACCAUACGGAAAUGUCCGAAAUGUCCAGUCCAAAAAAAACAAGCAGUGAGGAACUUGUACAUGAUAAGGACUCUGCUUUUGUAAAUGAAGCGGAGAAAUCAACGGUAAAUUUAAAUGAUUCUAAUAAUAAAGAAAGCAAAAGUCAAGUUGAAUCUAAUAUCCAACCAUCUAAACUAAAUAGUAAAAGAGAAACUAGUCUAAACUAUGUAGAUAACGAAUGCUCGAAGUUCAAGGAUAUCAAGUCAGUUAAUACAGAUUUAAAUCCGAUCGAUGCGAGUGAAAAUUUAAAUGAAGAAACUGGAUUCAACUAUCAAAAUGAAGACUUAACACAAUUCAUGGGUAGUGAUGUUCUUUUAGAUAAUAACGUUAUAGAACACGCAAAUAAACGAGAAGCAUUGCUUGAAAAUACCGAUUCAUUUAAGUCACUCGAGGACUCAUUUCCUAACUCGAAUACUUACAAAGAAUCGGGUGAAUAUUCUGAGAUUGAUAUGGUUCCUUUGGUUCGAGUAAAAAGGAGAAAUGACGGAACGUUCAUUAAAAAACGUUCUGCACAAAUAAUCCCCAAUGACAGAGCAGCAUAUAUUCCGAGGGCAGAAAAUGAUGACGAUGACAGCGAAGAAGGAAAUGAAUUUGAGGACGAUGGAUUGUAUGAUCGCAGUUCUAAUUAUGCCAAAAAUAAUUUUGUCGAUGUUUCUGGCAAAAAAAUUCACAAUGAGAAAAAAGAACAGGCCGAUAUAUCUCGAGAAGAGAAUAUAGAAAGUGAUACUAUGAAUAUUGGAUCUGACUCAGAUAGUGUACUAUCAGGCGUCGAGGGUGUCGACGACAAUUUAAUGUACAACAGCGGAACUCGAAACAAGCGUACAUUUGAAAUGAAUACUUUAGGUCAAGAUACAGAGCUUUCUUCGAUAGUAAAUGUAGAACCAAAAACCCCAUCGGACAAUUUAAAUGCUGCAAAUUAUCAAGAAAACGACUCCUUUGGCCCUCUUCCUAGAAAUUAUGAGGGAGAAUUAAACCGAUUAAAAAGAAUAAGACGAGUAAAGCCACCAUGUAACGAUGUAUCCUCUUCAGAUAAAACUAAAUAG